UCAGCAGCUCCGAGCUUCAGCACCAUGGAGAGCACCCGCUUUCGCCUGCUGCCCCUCCUGGGUGCCGCCCUGCUGUUGCUGCUCCCUCUGCUGGGCGCCCAUGCCCAGGAGGACGCCGAGCUCCAGCCCCGAGCCCUGGACAUCUACUCCACCGUGGAGGACGCCUCCCAUGAGAAGGAGCUGAUCGAAGCGCUGCAGGAAGUCCUGAAGAAGCUCAAGAGUAAACGUAUUCCUAUCUAUGAGAAGAAGUACGGGCAAGUCCCCAUGUGUGAUGCUGGCGAGCAGUGCGCAGUUCGAAAAGGAGCGAGGAUCGGGAAGCUGUGCGACUGUCCCCGAGGAACCUCCUGCAAUUCCUUCCUCCUGAAGUGCUUAUGAGGCAUCCGACCUCCUGCAUCAGUCCCCACCGCCCCUACUUCCCCGGGAGGACCAAGCCUUCAUCCCUGGAGUUGGACCUUAGCAACAAAGUUUGCAUUUCCUUCUGAGGGCGACGGGGCUCUUUUCCUGCUGUUUUCAAAUAAAAGAACACAUUAGGUGUUACUUUGUGAAGGAUGUCUUGUAUGCUUAUAUGGUAUUGAUACACGCAAAAGUAUUCUUUCCUUAUUUUAUUUGACACAUUCUUGUGUAAAGUAGGGGAACUUUGUUUUGAAGAUUGUAUUUUCCUAUGUGGCAUGGCAGGAUAAAAAUUAGAUGUAGUUAAUGUUGGGAGAUGAUGUCACAACCUGGACAAUAAAUCGCUCCAAACAUCACAAAUUGAAGCAUGUACAAAUUAUACAUAA